AUGAAUAAACUAGAUUUAGAAGGAAUUCUACUGUUGGAAAUACCUCUAUUUAGAUCACCGUUUCAGUCGCUACGGAAAGCGUUCAGGAAUUACCAGAAGUUGCUAGAGAACGAUCUAUCGACGAUAGGUAAUCAGUUAAACGGCGAAUUAGAUGAUAACAGAAUUGAUCAAUUGAUAAAGAAAGCUAAGCUCUUGAGAGUUAAACUCGUCAAGUUCGAAAACCUCCAGUCAUCCGCUUACUCCCAAUUAAAAGCUCGGGCGUUACACCUCCAGCAAACACUCCUAGCUGGCUAUCAAACCGGAAACGAUGAACUCAUCCAGCAGUUCAAAUCGAUACGUAUACAGAGAUGGCUCAUCGAUUGGUCGUUACGUAACAACAACUUCUCUUUAUCCGAAUUAAUAACACAUAAACUCAACAUUGACAGCCUUAUUGAUACUGAUUUGUUCAAGGAUAUCUCAUCCAUUCAGUCAGAUUUACUCAACCGCUCAUCCACAUCAGCAUUAAAUUGGUGUAAUGAUAACAAAACACACCUAAAGAAGCUUAACGUACAGUUAGAUUUCUACUUACGUUUGCAAGAUUACAUAGAAUUGGUUAGAUCACGUAAUAUUCAACAAGCUAUCAUCUACAUGCGCUCACACUUAACUUCCCAUUUCAGUAAUCACACCAAACAAAUUCAACAGGCCGCCGCUUUAUUGGCCUUCCCUGAAGAUAGUCUUGUAGGCAUCUACCGGAAUCUUUACAAUCAAUCACGCUGGAUUGACCUGAGUAACAUGUUCAGAGAUGUCGCUUUCCAAUUAUACGGCUUGAGUUCAUACCCAAUGUUACACCUUGCACUUAGUGUCGGAUUGCCUUCACUCAAAUUGCCAAAUUGCACACAAUCGCAAUCUAAACAGGUCGUUAAAAAUGAAUUUGAGGAUUUAUACAAUGGUACAACGUUUAAGUCAACAAAUGAUGAGAAUCUGUUAGAUAAUCACUCAGUUAAUUGCCCAACUUGCAAUACAGAUUUGCUGGGAGCUCUUGCUAAGCAAGUUCCACACUCACAUCAUACGAACUCUUCAAUAGUUUGCAAAAUUUUAGGUAAAGUUGUCAAAGAUGGCGAACUCCUCGCAUUCCCUAAUGGAAGGGUCUACUCGAAAGCUGCACUUCACGAUCUCGCUGAGAAGGAUCCUCAUAGUUUAGUGAAGUGUCCGCGUGAUGGUACUACAAUUCACUAUAGUAAACUUCGUAAAGUGUUUGUUUCUUAAUUUCUUUCUGGCUGUUGUAAUGAUAUAUGUAUAAUUAGUAUAAC